AUGGAGAAUGUAGUCAAACAUUCGACUGUCCAGCCAGAUCAAUUUGGAGACAUGGAAUAUCUCCCACAAAACGUUGCCGAGUUCGAGGAUGAUCGAUCUGAUCAAGGCUGGGUCUCCUUAGCGGCAAUCAUCAAAAUGCAGCAAACCUACCGGAAAGGCAACAGAGCUUGGUGGCCAAAGCAGGGGAGUGACCUAGGAGGUCUAGGAAGUCCUGGUAGUGUUGUUGAUGGUGCUGGUUUGCACAUUCGUCAUGCUGAAGACAUGAACGGUAUAGUGGUCGACCCCCUCCUACAGCACUCGUUUGACAGAACCCACACAGGAACGACUGCAAGUCUGCAUGCCCUGUCCACUCGGGACUCCACAGGUAGCAUAUAUAAUCGUACAGAUACAGGAAAAGAGCUCACGUUUGCUCAAGCCAAAGAACCGGACAGUCGCGGAAGCGACAUGCAUUCCACUAUGGCAGAGCCUUAUGGUCAGGUCUUCGGCAAGCUCCCCGAUCCUAUUCGACUCCAUGAGCAAAUGGGUCAGUUUGAUGGACAAGUCGUAUUCAUUGGCCACCCCAACCGGGAUAUCUCAGCGCACCAGUGGUCGUCGUCGUCCUUUCAAUGGGUUAACAUAGGACGAUACGCUCACUCUUGUGGCAAGGUGGAAGGAUCUCUAGCAUCGGACCGUCUUCGAGGUAUCGAUGAGCCUCGCGACACACUUGAAUACUUCAAGUUGGCUGCUGAAAAUCGCGAAACGCUCAUCAUCCAAAACGGACGUCCAAAGGACCACUCCUCAAUAGUGGCACUUGAGCUGUAUGCUAGCACAAAUGUCGUCGUGCCGAAACACAACUACGCGGAUGCGUCAAUAGAGGCCUCAUGUAUUCCUGCUAGCUGGCAAAACGAGUCUCACUCAUCGCUACCUGCGAAGGUGUGCAACCCGUUCAAGAAAGACGCUCUGGAAGAUCCGUUUGUUGCAGUUGACGGUGCUUCCGUAACAAGAUCCAAGAAGGAAGACUACAUGCAAAGCGACUUGCCCGGUUCGACGGGAUCAUUGGACCUCACCUAUCGAUUUCCAACAAACGCAACUACAACAUCACGAUCGAACGUUGGAGCUAGCGCUUUUGAUCGAAGGAGCACACAAAGUCAGACCCUCAGUCUCUCGUCCGCACCAACCCUACUUGAAGUAGCCUUUGGCGAGGAAGCCGCGAGCCAACGCCGUGUCACCUCUGCAGGUUGUGAAAGGCUUCAAGAGCUACUUUCAAGUGGACCCCAGAAGUCUUUCGGUAACCGUUCCCGGGGCUUAAGCAAGGUUGGAGCAUCUCAACCGACUUUAUCUGUGCAAGACAGCGUCGCGCAGAGCACAGCAAGUCUCCACUCGGUCGCUCGCCAUGCUUUGCCGACACCUUCCGCAGCUUCUUUCACCUAUGUUGCAUCGAAACUCAAUGCUACUGCUGUCCCUUACGCCCGUACUGAGGUAGCAGGUACAGGUUCUGGCGUCUCGGAAUCCAACGCCAGCACUGUUAAUGCUCCAGCUGUUGGCUUACAUUACAGCGAUCCUGACGGCUUGCGAAAAAGUCAAAGGUACGAAGUCACCAAUGGGCUCGGUCAGCAAGCGCCUACUCGACAGAGCUUCAAAGGCCCAUUCUUCACCGAGACGAAACCUAGCACGCACGAUCCUACGGUGGCGUUGUCAGUACAGAUCGGUGAAGAAGAGAAGCUGAGUAACUGGUUCCACGACGGACAACGUCCUGCACGUCAGAAAGAAUACACCAAGUCUCUGAUUGCUGCUGCAGCAGCAGCCAGCGGUAGAGGCCAGCCGUUUGGGGCGAUUGGCGAGUCGUUGGCACGGCAGGCAGGAGGAGCGUACGCAAACACUGGACCAUUUGUGCGUCUGUACGAGAACCUGUCCGAGUACGUGGAGGAGUACGGGCAUGGGAGCGGGCAAUCGUACUUUACACGACGAUGGAAGCCUGGGGGACCGCACCUUGGAGGUAUGGGCCAUGGUGACAAGACGAGCUACUCUUACAAGGAGAAGACGGCACCGCCUUUGCUGAGAGGAGCACGCUUGAGGCCAUCGGAGCGUAUGUGGGGCUGA